GGGGACUUCUCAUCAGCGCAUCCUGCCACUAGGGCUGCCAGUCUUCGGAGCCCUCCUCGCAAACCAUCUUCUCCCGCCAGAUCACUAUUCAUCAUAUCAUUCCCUCUCAUAUUUCUUUUAUCCUCUAAUAUGUCCUUCCUUCUUCCUCCUUCCCCUUCCCCCAACCCCCUCCCAUGGUACAGCUCAUCCUCGCCCCCCUCAGAGGUAAUGCAGGCGGUCGCUACUUUCCCUACCAGGGCUAUCUCGGUCUUACCCCCGUCCGCGUCGAAGGAGGUGUGUAUUUCAAUUCUCCGCCUUCGCCUUCUCAUUCACGUCUCUCGCCAGUUGUAUGCACAAGACUCGAGGACGACGGCAAACCCAUCCUUGCAAAGUCCCUCGCCGUAGCCGUCAGAUGCUAUGAAUCCAGGCAAGGCAAAACAGGCGUUAUUCAUUCCCGCCUUCUCGUAGACUAUGCUUGCGUUGUCUGGCGCAAGCCCGACGACCGCGACUACGCCGACCUCGGUCAUUUCGAUGGCUCCUUCAAGAUCACCUUGCCAAAGCGCGUCGCCGGUUUUAGCACGGCCCAUUACCAGGAGUAUCGCACUUUCUGGAGAGUCGAAGCGAGUACGUCGUGCUUUGCCUUCCAUCACGUCUACUGCUUAACCCCUCCAACAGUCCUUGACCACGUUCCCAUUAGUGGUGUUGGCUCCCGUCUGCUACGCUACUUUGAUCUUCCUCUUGUUCGCUACGACGUUCCUCCCCCACUUCCCCCGCUUUCGCCGGGGUCUCCUUCCCCGAUGUCCCAUUGCUCAACGCCCCACAUUUUAUGCCUUCCAAAUGCAAAGUCUCCAACGCCUGUAUUGCACUAUAAUCUCUCCACCCCGGAACUUCCCAUAGGCCCCGCCGAUCUCGUCUUCACCUCGCUAUAUCUUCGACCACUUGAAUCCUCACUCACAAUACGCUCAGCAUCAGUAUUUAUUGAACGGCGUAUAGACCUGCAUUCAGUACACUCUAAUCCUAACGCUUCUACCUCAUCAUAUGCUAUUACCCCAGAUGCUACCGAUGACUCGGGCUCAGGGCAUUCUCCAAAGGAUGGCUACUUCCACUCUGCAAUGGGAUCAUCAUCAAAUAGUCCUGCAAUAACACUGUCGAGCAGUGUCCCGGAAUCUUCUUCAUCAUCUUCGCGUAGACCUCGCACUCCAUACCUGUCUCCACCUGCACAACGAACAUUCACUCUGGAAGUUCCCUCCACUGCAUCACCGUCAUCAAGUUCUUAUACUGUAUCAUCUAUCACACCGUUGAUCCCUUCUUCUCCGUCUCCGUCAACUCCUUCAACCCAAUCAUUUUCAUGUCCACCGCCACCGACUCCCACGACAGAUGCUCCUUCUAAAACCCUCACUACUACCAUCACCUAUGCGGAUUCUGGCGUCGGCGGUUUCGCUUAUGAUGCAUCAACCGGUAUUUGGAGCAAGAGUGUCAGUAUGCAGUGGCCGAAAUCGAAGAGUAGGCAUGUGUGGGCUAUGGGCGAGAGCGUGAAGAGUGAGUUGGCAGAAGUUAGCUUUUGGGUCAAAGUCAAGGUUAUCGUCACCUCUCCUAAUUUUGGCACAACCACUCUCGACCUCGAACCACGCGAAAUCACCGUCGUCUCCACCAAUGACUCCGAUCGCCGACUCGCCCUAGCCAAGUUCGCAGAACAGAAAGAAACCGUGCUCGCUAUGCGAGAGAAGUCUAGAGACCGCGAGCGCGAGAAUAACUCCAAGACACCGUCCACGGUCAGUACCGGUGAGAAACGAAGUCAAGAGUCGUACGUCUUAGUCGAAGACAAUACCAACUCCAGUUCCACUGAAUCGCAACCAGGCAAGAGUCCUCGCAAGAGCCAUCAUGACCGUCCUCGUCUUGACGCUCAUUCCACACCGAAUCCAACUUCUUCAUCAUCCGCUUCAUCUCCGUCAUCUCGAAAAUCAACACGACGGCCACAUACAUCUGCGGGUCCGAGGGAUAAAUCGAAUUUACCCUAUACGUCUCCUCCCGAUUCUGCUACUAGUCAUAGUCAUCGGUCGGGUGGGCAGACGAGGAGUGGGGGAGGGGGAAGGCCUGGGACGGGGAUUAGUGUGAAUGAAGUACAAGUUCCUAGGUCGAGUGUUUCUUCGAAUCGGGGCGUGGGUGGGGGUGGUGUGGUGGAUGUGAAUGGUGGUGGUGCUGUUGGGGUGGGGGUGGGAGGGAAUAAGGAAGAUGCGAUCAAAGCUUGGGAAGAGGAGUUGGCGAGGAUCGAGAAUGCGAGUAGGCGGAGUACGGCGGAUAUGUUGGCGUUCUUUGGGAUGGGGAAACGAAGGCGGAAGGAGAAGGAGAAAGUCAAGGAGAGAGAGAAGGUGCCGAGAGGGAUCUUUGCUGGUGUUUGAUCACUCUUGGUGAGUAGUUCAGAUUUGUUGAGAGGUUUUUUUUUUCGGUUGAGUUGUUAAUGGGUGUUUUAUUUGAAACUAUGCAGGGCUGCUCAUCCAUUCGACUCGCAUGCAUAUCCUCUUCACCAUCCGAAUUCCACAUUCCAUGUUUGUGUUCCUCCAUUGUCGUAUCAUCUAUCUGUUUUGUCGUCUGUCUGUCUGUUUGUCCCGGUUCUGAUAUCCCUAAUGCUUUCCCUCUCAUCACGAUCCAUCAUACUCGUUAUAUCAUCGUCUCUCUCUCUCUCUUUUUCUCGCUUUUUUCAUCGUUGUAUCUAUGCAACUGUGCAAUUCUCUGUCUGGCUGCAAUAACUCGAAUAGCAAUGACAAGAUUCAAACGUAACACGCAAUCCAAAGUAUUUUACAACUGUACAUGUACCAUGUUAUUAUUCGCAUACAGUUCCAACACGUGCGUAAUGGAAGGCAUUCAUUCC